GCACGUGGCUUGAGCAGGCAGGCAGAGCUCUUCAGUGAGGUGGGUUCCGGGAGGGCUCUGAGCCUGUGCUCAGCGGAGCUCCAGAAGAAGCUCAGGGGGGCAGAGGAGGGCACAGCCACGGCUGCUGCCUGGCUCUCAAGAAGAGGGCUGGACUCUCCGUCGGCUGCAGGCUCAAGGACGGCGGGACUCCACUCCACCUAAGCCAUGUCGGCCAACCUCACAGAGGGCAGCGCCAAGUCCAAUGGGACUGGGCAGGCACUGAAUUCUCCUGUCCUUUGUACUGAAACAGCGACUUUCACUGCAGAGGUGGAAGGAGAGGAAUGGGGCUCCUUCUACUACUCCUUCAAGACUGAGCAGCUGAUAACUCUGUGGGUCCUCUUUGUUUUCACCAUUGUUGGAAAUGCCAUCGUGCUGUUCUCUACCUGGAGGAGGAAGAGGAAGUCAAGGAUGACCUUUUUUGUGACUCAGCUGGCCAUCACAGGGAAGGCAAACUACAGACGGGAACAUGAAACUUUCUGGAAGACACCUGCCCAGGUUGUGCUGGAAGAGCGCAGAUUUUGCUUUGCAUCACAGGGGAGAAGUCUGCAUUUCCCAGAACUGUUUCUCCCAAUUGCUUCCAGGUCACAUUCUGCCACUGAGGGGUACAGAUAUGAGAUCUGAAAGAGAAUUGAGAAGGAGAAACCGCUUUCUCCAGUGGCAGUUCAGCAAAAACACAAGAAGUCAAACAGGA